UUUGUCAUCGCAGAGGAUCUUAAACGAGACUCGACCAAGGUUUGCAGUUUCCAGUUCGAGCUCCACAAAAGUCCUGAGUGACUUCAUGCAUCUGUCUUAUCAAUUACUAAGGUUAAACUUGGUGUGAAGAAUUCUCUUCACUGUGCAUGGACAGAAAGCCAAUGCGUAGGUGUCUCAGUACUCGCCCAGGUGAGACUGGAAUGGAUGUGACGAGCCGUUGCACCCUGGGAGACCCCAACAAGCUACCAGAGGGGGUCCCACAACCGGCUCGAAUGCCUUAUGUCUCCGAUAAGCAUCCACGGCAGACGCUGGAGGUCAUCAACCUUCUACGAAAGCACAGAGAACUCUGCGAUGUAGUACUUGUUGUUGGUGCCAAGAAGAUCUACGCCCAUCGAGUCAUUCUCUCUGCUUGCAGCCCUUAUUUUAGGGCUAUGUUUACCGGAGAGUUAGCUGAAAGUCGUCAGACUGAGGUAGUAAUCCGGGACAUUGAUGAGCGAGCCAUGGAAUUGCUUAUCGACUUUUCAUACACAUCCCAAAUCACAGUGGAAGAGGGCAACGUACAGACCCUUCUACCAGCCGCAUGCCUUCUUCAACUUGCAGAAAUCCAGGAGGCCUGCUGUGAAUUCCUGAAACGCCAGCUUGAUCCCUCCAACUGUUUAGGUAUCCGAGCCUUUGCUGACACUCACUCCUGCAGAGAGUUGCUGAGAAUUGCAGACAAAUUUACCCAACACAACUUCCAGGAGGUGAUGGAAAGCGAGGAGUUCAUGCUUCUCCCAUCCAAUCAGCUUAUUGAUAUCAUUUCCAGUGAUGAGCUAAACGUGCGCAGUGAAGAACAGGUGUUUAAUGCAGUCAUGGCGUGGGUGAAAUACAGCAUCCAAGAACGGAGGCCGCAGUUGCCACAGGUUCUGCAACAUGUCAGAUUGCCGCUACUUAGUCCCAAAUUUCUGGUAGGAACAGUGGGAUCUGAUCCACUCAUUAAAAGUGAUGAAGAAUGCAGGGACUUGGUAGAUGAAGCCAAGAACUACCUUCUGCUGCCUCAGGAACGUCCUCUAAUGCAAGGGCCCAGAACAAGGCCUCGAAAACCCAUCCGUUGUGGGGAGGUGCUGUUUGCAGUGGGAGGCUGGUGCAGUGGAGAUGCUAUUUCUAGCGUUGAGCGCUAUGAUCCUCAGACCAAUGAGUGGAGAAUGGUGGCUUCAAUGAGUAAACGACGAUGUGGGGUCGGUGUCAGUGUUCUCGAUGACCUUCUUUAUGCUGUAGGUGGUCAUGACGGAUCUUCAUACCUCAACAGUGUUGAAAGAUAUGACCCAAAGACAAACCAGUGGAGCAGUGAUGUGGCUCCGACCAGCACUUGCAGGACGAGUGUUGGUGUUGCAGUUCUAGGGGGAUAUCUUUAUGCUGUGGGUGGCCAAGAUGGUGUCUCUUGCCUCAAUAUCGUGGAAAGGUACGACCCAAAGGAAAACAAAUGGACACGUGUGGCCUCCAUGAGUACGAGGAGACUAGGAGUGGCUGUUGCAGUUCUAGGUGGUUUUCUUUAUGCAGUUGGGGGAUCAGAUGGUACGUCUCCUCUCAAUACAGUGGAGCGCUACAAUCCUCAGGAAAACCGCUGGCACACAAUAGCACCAAUGGGCACACGACGGAAGCACCUUGGCUGUGCCGUGUACCAGGAUAUGAUCUAUGCAGUGGGUGGGAGAGAUGACACCACAGAGCUAAGCAGUGCUGAACGGUACAAUCCCAGGACCAAUCAGUGGUCACCAGUGGUUGCCAUGACUUCAAGACGAAGUGGGGUCGGUCUUGCUGUGGUCAAUGGGCAGUUGAUGGCUGUAGGUGGAUUUGAUGGAACAACGUACUUGAAAACUAUAGAAGUGUUUGACCCAGAUGCUAAUACUUGGAGGUUAUAUGGCGGCAUGAACUACCGGCGAUUGGGAGGUGGUGUUGGCGUUAUCAAGAUGACACACUGUGAAUCACACAUCUGGUAGCCUAUCAUCAUCUGUUUGAAAGCCUCAGUUCAUGGACACUGCCAGAGACUUCCUGAGUGAGAAAAAUGAACACUCAUGACCAGAUACUAUAUCAGUGAUCUAUGAAGAAAAGUCUAUUACGUCUCCCUAAAUAAUUAUUCAAACUUUUUCCAUUUAUUUAAAUCGUGGAAAUAUCGUAAGGCUUUAGAGUGUUGGAAGAUUCUAAUGCCAUUUUGUAAGAAAAAAAAAAGAAGCUAUGUUGUAGGUUCAAUCUGAAUUCCAAAAGACCUGCUAAUAGUUUCUGAGUGAUUUGAAAUGGUGCAGGUUUUAGCAAGUGGACAAAGGGUGAUUGUUGCAUUGACAUGACAUUGAAUGUGACUGUGAUGGCAAUGAGAGUAGAAAAGUGCUGAGAAUUCUCUUAUAGGUCCUCUGGACGUGAAGAAGGUGGACAUGAUCCCAGAACAUCAUUUUAUGUAACUAAUA